AUGGCUCUUCCCGAAAAGCAAAAAUUAUUUGUAUUCAUAUUUAUAACAGUAACCGUACUCAUAGUAAUACCAAACACAUUAUCAGUAUCAGUAGAAACAUCAGUAACAACAACAAUGUGUUUAUCUACAACAACCGUUGCAGGUGGUAAUGGUCAGGGCUCUGGACAAAACCAACUUGAUGAACCAGUCGACUUGGCGAUUGAUAAUAAUCAAAAUAUUUAUAUAGCAGAUUGGGAGAAUAAUCGGAUACAGAAAUGGUCUGUUGGAUCUGACACCGGUAUUACCGUUUUCCCACCUGAUGAUUUUUCAUUGUCAAGUCCAUCUGCAUUAUUUCUUGGCCUAAACAAUAAUUUAUAUAUUGCAGAGAACGCUAAUUAUCGAGUUCUAAAAUGGACGGUUGGAACCACAGCAGUUACAACGGUGGCCGGAGGAAAUGGAAAUGGAGAUGCUCCGAACCAACUAUCGACAUGUGAUGGUAUAUUUGUUGACAAUAGUGGUAAUAUUUAUGUAUCAGAUACUGGCAAUCAUCGAGUAAUGAAAUGGGUACCAAAUUCUCCCCGAGGGCUCAUUGUAGCUGGUGGAAAUGGACAAGGAUCAUCUCUCAAUCAAUUAAGUUGGCCUGCUGGUAUAUUUGUUACAUUUGAUGGCUCAAUUUAUAUAGCUGAUGCUGAUAAUCAUCGAAUAAUAAGAUGGUCUCAAGGAUCAGAUGGUGGUCAAUUAGUUGGAGGUGGAAAUGGAGCAGGAUCAGAUUUAAACCAGUUGGGUUAUCCAUCAUCAGUUUUAGUAGACUUUUAUGGUAAUGUUUAUGUAUCUGAUUACUCUAAUCAUCGUAUAAUGAAAUAUAUUCCUGAUGCUACUAGUGGAAUAAUCAUUGCUGGUACUGGUGUUCCUGGCAAUGGAUCGAAUCAGUUGAAUUAUCCCUAUACAAUCAAAUUUGAUCUCAAUAAUAAUUUGUAUGUUACUGACCGGUAUAAUCAUCGUGUACAAAAAUUUAGUUCAUGUAGGAAUGUGCACAUUCCCUCGGGAAUCUAUACAUUUCCUGAUAGCGUUCAGGGAAUUUGA